AUGACGCACAAAACCCCAGACGGCUACACCAUCCUUCUCCCCGACAUGGACAUCCACGCGCUCGUCAACGCAUCGCGAGCAGGAUUUGUACAAGAACUCCUGACAAGGAACCCUACUUUGCCCGCAACUCAACUCACUAAACAUAACCUCUUGUGCUGCUUUACGGGAAGAAUAGCCCGUUUAGGCCAGGGAGGUCCCUUUUCGACAGAGGUCAAAGCGCAGAUUCAGAUUGUACAGCAGCGAUGGCUUUCCUCCACAGCCGGAGACGUCCUUCACGAGCUCUUCGAUGGCAAGCUACGUAAAAUCGGUACAUAUCUACCCCCCAGCGUGUCCUCCACCGCGAGCGCAUCGGUUCCAAAGACACAAAAGAGCAGCAAUACUAUGGCCUCAAUCGUCCCAACAAAGGUCAUGGAUCCUCGAGCGACGGGCACGAAACCGCCUGCCACUGCUCCCAGCGUGCCAGAGCGCGUUGGCUCCAACCAAUCUCCCACUCUUCUUGACGAAGGGUUCGCGCUCAUCCCGUUGAAGUCACCGUACAACAGAAAUGUGGUCGUGCAAAUGCCUCACUUCCUAGGCCAGCAUUACAGAAAGAAGCUGGUACAGAGCGGGAACUGCCUCCUCAUCUCGCUGCCGUCGGAGACGGCACAUGCGCUGCCUACAAAGACGACUCACGCACACCUCUGCGAUGGCAUCGAUCAGGCUGAAAGCCUCCGUCGUAUUCAGCUAGUGUUGGCUUGCUAUCCCUCAAUCGUACUGGCGUAUGACAGCAAAGCCAACAAGGACCUGGCAGCACGGCAGAUCGGGAGCUUGAAAUUCCAGUUUGAGGACAACGAUCCCAUCAAGGUUGACGUACAAGAAUUUGGCGACAAUCCAGCAAGUGCCAAAGCUACCUAUACUCUUGGUCCUGGCUUUCUCUACUAUUGUGAUCACCGGGAGUCGCUCCAGCGUUUCUUUUGCAAAGAAGGCUUUGUGCCCAUCACCGACAUCAUUAGAACGCGGAGGACUGGCGUCCUGAGAAUAGAGUUACUGAUACGGUACCGCUUCUCUCCCGGGUUUCUGGAGAAAUUGAACGCCCUGCCAGGUGGUCACGGAGACAAUAGAAUCCCCACAGAACCAGCUGAGUCGUGUAGCCUGUGCGCGCGUGUUGCAGGCCAAGAUCGGCGUCAUUCCAGCCCGAAAGAUGCGCAUCUAUCAAUUGUGACGCCAUCUUCCCUACGCCGCGGCAAUGACGGUGCGAGCGCGGAGAAUUCUGCACGGCCUUGCCUGAGUAUACCAGGCCCCGCUCUUGCUGCUGCUCAUCCUUCACUGGAUGAUUUCAAGAUCACUAGUUACAUAGCAGUUUUCACUUUACUGAAUGGGUCUGAGGUUGCUAGGAAGGUUCCACCACGCCGUUUCGUGCGCGGCUUCAACCUAUUCCUGGACACCUUCUAUCCAGAUUCUGAUUUCGAAGCCAGACUCGCUGUGCUCCACCGAAUCGAUGGGGGCGAGCGCGUAGAUGACUGGGAACUUCUGUGUAAACAUUUGCGGAGAUAUUUUACCAAGGUCUACAUGUCUGAUGGCAAAGUCGUGGGUUCGAAGCGUAAGACUCUAGCUGGUGAUAACGGAGCAGCUCGAAAAAUGCUCAGGGGUCCGGUCGCUGCCGAUUAUAUGUAG